CCCCCAGCCGGGCAUGAUCCUGGGCAUGAGGCUGGCGAGCUGCAACAAGUCGUGUGGGAUGAACCCGGAUGGCAUCAUCUUCGUGUCCGAGGGCAGCACGGUGAACCUGAGGCUGUACGGCCAGAGGCUGGGCGAAAUCUCCAGCAACCUGAUCUCCUUCACCGAGGUGGACGACGCCAACACCGCCCACAACUCCACCAACUGCCUCGAGCUCACCAAGGACCUGGUUGUCCAGCAACUGGUCAACGUGAGCCGCGGGAACACGUCCGGGAUGCUGGUGGUGUUCACCAAGUUCCUCCGGAGGAGCGAGAACAUGAAGCUUUAUGCGCUGUGCACCAGGACCCGGGAUGACGGGCCCUGGCUCAAGUGGACGGACAAGGACUCGCUGCUCUUCAUGAUGGAGGAGCCCGGGAGGUUCCUGCCGCUCUGGCUGCACAUCGUCCUCGUUUUGGUGCUGCUGGUGCUGUCGGGCAUAUUUUCUGGCCUCAACCUGGGGCUUAUGGCCCUGGACCCCAUGGAGCUGCGCAUCGUGCAGAACUGUGGCACUGAGAAGGAGAAGAGGUAUGCCCGCAAGAUAGAGCCCAUUCGGCGCAAGGGCAACUACUUGCUCUGCUCCCUGCUCCUGGGUAACGUGCUGGUCAACACUUCCCUCACCAUCCUCCUGGACAACCUCAUUGGGUCUGGCAUCAUGGCUGUGGCCUCCUCCACCAUUGGCAUUGUCAUUUUUGGGGAGAUCUUACCUCAGGCCCUGUGCUCCCGACAUGGGCUGGCCGUGGGUGCCAAUACCAUCGUUCUUACCAAAAUCUUUAUGCUGCUCACCUUCCCCCUCAGUUUCCCCAUCAGCAAACUCCUGGACUUUUUCCUAGGCCAGGAGAUUCGAACUGUUUACAAUCGGGAGAAACUGAUGGAGAUGUUGAAGGUGACAGAGCCCUAUAAUGACCUCGUGAAAGAGGAGCUAAAUAUGAUCCAGGGUGCCCUGGAACUACGGACCAAAACUGUGGAGGAUAUCAUGACCCAGCUCCAAGACUGCUUCAUGAUCCGCAACGAUGCCAUCCUGGACUUCAACACGAUGUCGGAGAUUAUGGAAAGCGGCUACACUCGCAUUCCUGUGUAUGAAGAUGAGCAGUCCAACAUCGUAGAUAUCCUGUAUGUCAAAGACUUGGCCUUUGUGGACCCCGAUGACUGCACCCCCCUCAAGACCAUCACCCGCUUCUACAACCACCCGGUACAUUUUGUCUUCCAUGACACCAAGUUGGAUGCCAUGCUGGAGGAGUUCAAGAAGGGGAAGUCCCACCUGGCCAUCGUGCAGAAGGUGAACAACGAGGGCGAGGGCGACCCCUUCUAUGAGGUGCUGGGCCUGGUCACCCUGGAGGAUGUCAUCGAAGAGAUCAUCAAGUCCGAGAUCCUGGACGAGUCGGACACGUACACUGACAACCGAAGCCGGAAACGGGUGUCUGCAAAGAACAAGCGUGAUUUCUCCGCCUUCAAGGAUGCUGACAAUGAACUCAAAGUCAAGAUCUCUCCUCAGCUGCUUCUGGCUGCCCAUCGCUUCCUGGCCACAGAGGUGCCCCAGUUCAGUCCCUCUCUGAUAUCAGAGAAGAUUCUGCUGCGGUUGCUCAAGUACCCAGAUGUCAUCCAGGAGCUCAAGUUUGAUGAGCACAACAAGUACUACGCCCGCCACUACUUGUAUACCCGGAACAAGCCGGCCGACUACUUCAUCCUCAUCCUGCAGGGGAAGGUGGAGGUGGAGGCAGGCAAGGAGAACAUGAAGUUUGAGACAGGCGCCUUCUCCUACUAUGGGACCAUGGCCCUGUCCUGGGUCCCCUCUGUUCCUUCCACCCAGGCCGGGUGUCCGCUUGGCAAGCGGAACUCGCUGCUGUCCUGGCUCUCAGACCGCUCCCCAUCGCACCCCAUGCCCCUCAGCCGCUCAGCCUCCCUCAGUUACCCGGACCGCAGCACAGAUGCGUCCACCACGUCCACCCUGGCGGCUGGCAGCAACCAGUUUGGCAGCUCCAUCCUGGGCCAGUACAUCUCGGACUUCAGUGUCCGGGCACUCAUGGACCUGCAGUACAUUAAGAUCACGCGGCAGCAGUACCAGAACGGGCUGAUGGCCUCCCGCAUGGAGAACGGCCCACAGUUUCCGCUGGACGGGUGCACCACCUGCACGGAGAACUUCACCGAGAAGCCCGAGCUGCCCGUGGUGGACGAGACCACAACGCUGCUCAACGAGCGCAACUCCUUGCUGCACAGAGCCUCCCCGGACAGCGCCAUCUGACAGCAGGGCCCGGGGCCCUGCCCGCCCCGCGGGGCCUCCCCAGUGGGCCACACCGAGAGAGGGGGCCUGUUAGGCCACAGGGGUGCGGAUUGCCUGUGUGACUGAGCAGCCAGGGUGCUGCUGACAGGGACCUCUGAACAGGCUGCGGUGGCACUGCCAGCCCUGGACUGGUGGGCGGUGGGUCAGCCACCUGAGCAAAGGCUGUUUCUUACUGAGGACUUCUAAACUAGGCUCGUUGCUCCUCUUUUUAAAUAUCAUUUUGGGAAGGGAAGACAGGGUUAAAGAACUUUAUGUUAAAAAAAAAUGUUUUUUCAAAAAAAAAAAAAAAAAACCAAAACUUUAAAAGGGGGAGGGAUCCCCACCCUGGAAGCAAUAGCCAUAAUCUGCUCCCAGCCAU